AUGUUGUUCACUAGAACUUUCAGAGCAUUGCGUGGUCGAUCCUAUUCCACAGUGUCUACCCACAGAAAGCCUUCUUUCAACAAAACCUUCAUCCUUGGUGGUGCAUUGGCAGUAGGUACUGGUUCCUACUUUUGGUUCAGAUCGACCACAGACCCUGCGGUCAAAUCGGACAUCAUCACCCCAGUGUUUCCAGUAGCUGAGGUGAUGAGACACAACACCUUGGAGGAUUGUUGGAUAGCCAUCGAGGGCCAAGUGUAUGAUGUCAGUACAUUUCUCCGGAAACAUCCAGGAGGUGCUGCUCGUAUCUUUCGUUAUGCUGGAAGUGAUGCCACGUCUGCGUUUCGGCAGAUCCACACGAAACUGGUACUUAACACCAUGAAAGAUGAGAUCACAUACUUGGGUCCCUUAGGAGAGGGUCAGUUCGCUCUCAAAGAGACUUUUGCUACUGAACCCACCUUUGAUGUUGAUUCGAAACCAUCAUUGUCGCAUAUUUUCAAUUUGCUGGACUUUGAGUCCGUGGCAAAGAGAGUCCUUCCCCAGACAACAUUUACUUAUUACGCUACUGGCUCCUCAGACGAGUAUUCUCUUAGAGAAAACCACUAUUCCUAUCUGAGAGUGUUUUUUAGACCAAAGGCAUUGAGAAACGUUGAGCACGUAACUACCUCUACUAAUAUGCUCGGCAUUGAUUCGGAGCUUCCUCUCUAUAUUUCUGGUUUUGCUGGAUCAUGUUUAGCCCACGAAGAUGCUGAGUGGAAUUUACAACGAGCAGCAUAUAAAGAGAAAAUCGUCCAAAUGGUGCCUCGACAAAAUUCAAUUGAAUGGGAAGAAUUCUUUGCUGGUGUUCCAAAAGAUCAGCAACAAUGGGCUCAAAUGCAUUUUUACACCACCCAGGAAAUGGAGGAUAUGGAUACAUAUCUUGCCAAAUUUGAAGCCCAGCCUACCCUCAAAGCAAUAUUCUUCAAUGUCGAUGUAGCUGAUUUGGGAAACAGAGAAAAGGACACAAAAAUCAGGGCCCAAUUCGAAGACCUGGUGGAUGACUUGAAGGAGAUGGCUAAUAAUGGGGCCGCCAGAUAUUGUACCACAUUCACUUGGGAUCAUGUCAAGAAAUUAGUGCAAAAGUCAUCUUUACCUAUUGGACUUAAAGGUAUACAGAGAGGUGAAGAUGUUGUUCAGGCAGCCGAGAUGGGAGUCAAGGCAGUGGUUCUCUCCAACCACGGCGGCCGUCAGCUUGACUUUUCCAGGCCCCCGUUAGAAGUUUUGGCAGAGGCUCGUCAAAUGCUUAAAGAGAAAGGUUUGGAAAAUGACAUCGAAAUAUAUGUGGAUGGAGGAAUACGUCGUGGAUCCGAUAUCGUCAAGGCAUUAUGUUUAGGUGCAAAAGGGGUCGGACUCGGCAGACCAAUGCUAUACGCCAUGGCUGGCUAUGGUGAGGAGGGCGUUGUUCAUGCCAUUAAGAUAUUGAAGGGAGAGGUACGUAACAAUAUGGUGUUGCUUGGAGCACGAAACAUUAGUGAAUUGGACGAGAGCUUCAUUGACUCAUCCAGUUUGAAGUUUCGAAAUCCAACUAUUAAGAAUAGGCUCUACGACACCAAUUACCAAGAUAUGACUCCUCCCCCUUGGAAGGACUAA